GUUCGUGCUCUAAGAGAAGCAUUCUAUCGUCGAAAUCUUCCAAAUUUUAUGAAUUUAUUAGCAACAAUUUUAGUGUUUGCUAUUGUUCUAUACUUUCAAGGUCUCCGUGUCGAUUUACCUAUUAAAUCGACUAAAUAUUGUAGACAAUACAGUAGUUAUCCAAUUAAACUUUUCUAUACGAAUAAUAUUCCCAUCAUUCUUCAAUCAGCUUUAGUAUCGAAUCUCUACAUUAUAUCUCAAAUGUUGGUGGCUAAAUUUCAAGGCAAUUUAAUUGUUAAUCUAUUGGGAGUAUGGUCAGAUGUUGGUGGUGGUGGCCCAGCAAGGUCUUGCCCCGUUGGAGGUCUCUGCUAUUACUUAUCGCUGCCUGAAUCAGUAGGACAUAUUGUUCAAGAUCCUGUCCAUGCCCUCUUAUACAUUUUCUUCAUGCUGGGUUCUUGUGCGUUUUUCUCUAAAACUUGGAUUGAAGUUUCUGGUAGUUCAGCUAAAGACAUUGCUAAACAAUUGAAAGAUCAAAAAAUGGUAAUGAGAGGACAUCGUAACAAUUCAAUGAUUCAUGAAUUGGAUCGUUACAUUCCUACUGCAGCAGCGUUUGGCGGACUUUGCAUUGGAGCCCUUUCGGUACUUGCUGACUUCCUUGGUGCGAUUAAAUCUGGUAUAGGAAUCUAG